CUUCCUGCAGAACUGCCUACCAAGAAACUCCAGAGAAACACCCAACUUCUGGGAUAUUUGUGGUAACUGAAGACACAACCCGGUGUCUAUUUACUAAAAUGGCAGCAUCGUCUGAACAGGCACCGGAUUUACCCAACGUGUAUCUUCUCCGACAUGUUGCUAAAGAUAUGUUGGUUCAUCUGCUGGAAUCGGUACAAGGGAAGAAAGAUCUGGUGCUGGGACCAAACCUGAUGCGGCCUUUAGAUCGUAUAGCAGGGGCCAAGCUGUUAAGGGAACACGGUGUAGACAAAAUAUUCAAACUUGAAGCUAACAUGGAUAUUAAGGGCUGUGACCAACGCAUAUAUCUAGUACACCCAACCAUGUUUAAUGUGAAGCUUAUUGCUGAUCAAGUAAAUCAAGAAAAAACAAAAGCACAACAGGGACUCAGAAAAAAAUUAGUGUGCAAAAUCAUUUUCACACCUAGAAAACUGCAUGUGUGUGACAAGGUACUGGAAGAGGAAGGAGUGUUUGGAGACGUAGUUACAGAUGAGUUUAAACUGGACCUUAUCCCAAUAGACCAGGACAUCUUAUCCCUGGAAUUACCAGAGUAUUUUAGAGACUUUUUCCUGGAAGAAAGUCAAAUGUGGCAGCACACAGUGGCAUCUUCAUUAAAUGGAAUUCAGCAGCUGUUUGGACCUAUUCCGUGUUUUUAUGCCUUGGGUAAAGGGGCUAAGAUGGUGCAGCAGAUGUUUGAGAAGAUGCCGUCAUAUGGUUUAGGACAUUGGUCAAAGUCUAUUACUGGCAUGGAGUCUGAGAUUGGACAUGUUUUCUUGAUAGACAGAAGUGUGGAUUAUGUGACUCCGCUGUGUUCACAGGUGACAUAUGAGGGUUUGUUAGAUGAAGUAUUUGGUAUACAGAGUGGUUGUAUAGAGUUUGGACAUGAGGUAUCUGGUAGAGACCAGCCAGUGAAGUUAAUGCUGACCAGCCAGGACGAGAUUUUUGAAGAGAUCAGAAAUAGACAUUUUACCAAUGUGUUUAGUUUCUUGAGUGGAAAAGCAAAGGAGGUGCAAUCUGGUUAUGAUAAAAGACACCAGUUAGAAUCGGUGCGUGACAUGAAGGAUUUUGUCGCAAAUGACUUGAAGGAUCUUAAACAGCAGCAUAAAUCUUUGGCUCUGUUUAUUGGUGCCAGUGAGGUGAUCAUGAGCAGGAAGACUAAAGGGAUUGAUUUUGAAGAACUUCUGAGAGUAGAAUACAAUAUGUUGGAAGGAGUCAGUAGAACAGAGAGUAUAAAUUAUAUUGAAGAAAGACUCAACAGACAGUUUAAUUGUCUGCAAACAUUAAGGCUGCUCUGUUUACUGUCACUCACACAAGAUGGAAUCCCUCCCAAAGAAUACAAGUCACUGAAAACUCAGUUUCUUCAUGCUGAAGGGUAUGACUGGAUGCUCACAUUUCAUAAUCUGAAAAAACUUGGAUUGCUGAAAGAACAGGCGGACCAACACAGCUACAAGUCAAUAGGGGGCAGUAAGGGAGGCAAGGGGGCCAAGAUGGCCGUGCCAAGCUUUGGGUCACUGACAUGGAAGAGCUCAUUUCAGACAGCAUCAAAAAGUUUAAAACUGAUUCCUAAAGAUACAGAAAACCUGGACCUGCGGUUCCCCACUGAUAUGUCUUAUGUGUUUGGAGGUGCUUACACACCUCUUAGUUGUAAACUAGUGGAGCAGAUUCUGAACAAGUGCAGCUUUGAGGAUGUUGAUCCCGUACUCAAGACACUGUCCAUACCACGCUUCAGUAUGAUGCCAGCUUCUGCAAGGUUUAAAGCUGACCCAAACAAAUACCUUCGAGUAGUUCUUGUCUACUUUCUGGGAGGAUGUACAUAUUCAGAGAUCACAGCUCUUCGUUUUCUUGGCAAAGUCAAAGGUUACAAAUUUAUAAUUGCCACCACUUCCAUAAUCACAGGAGCAAGGUUGUUAGACCAAGUGACUGAAGUAACUCCCAAGUGAAACCAAUUCAUUCCAGUUCAACCUGAUGUGCAAUAUUUAGUGAGGUUGCCAACAACUUAUUUUUUUACAAAUGUGAGUCUAAUAUUUUACAUGUUAUUGGCAGUAGUAUAACAACCAAAAACAAUUAGGAAACGACAAGUAACAGAGCACAGAAUGUGUUUAUGUAGCCAAGUUGGUUACGGUACCUUGAGCAAAAGAACAAAAUUAAAAAAGGACAUUUCUACUCAUUAAAAUCGGCUUUAAAAAAUCUAACUGAGCUACAGGGGUGUAUGAUCAAAUGUUAGACACCAUGUAUGGAUGGAAUAAAGAUUUAGACACACCCAUGUCCAAGGGAUCCACAGUUCCCACAAGCCUUCUGUGUAGACAA